CGCCGGCGUCGGUUUUCAGCGUCGUUUUGGUGUGUACAGGCUGUCGAAAUCGACGUCGUCGUCUCUUGUGACGACGCAGUGUGUGCGUGCGUGCAAAUAAUACUGUAAUAUAACAAGAAAAACAUGAAGAAAAAAUCAACGAUAUGUGCAACACACGAAACUAGUUUAUAAGUAGAAAUAGGUGCGAUAUAAUUCCUCAGCAAUGAUUGGAAACAAACUAAGAGCCUGGAUGGAGGCUGUUAGGCCUAAGAAAAAACAAAAUAAAAAAGAUAAGCCUCCAAAAGGCGGCCCCUCGAAUUCCAAAUGGAAAAAUGAUCAAAGAAAUGUACCCAGUGAUAUUAUACGCGUUCAAGAAGAUGAACGAAGAGAUGUUGUAGUUAAGUUUGCAAUGAAAGGCCAGACGACUUUACAAUCCGGAUCAGCUGGUAUUAGUAAAACAGGAAAUUCACAUUGCCGAUAUUCAGCCAAUAAUUUGUCAUCGCCAGAAUCGGCUUAUUCAACAGGAUAUUCGACUGAUGGGACCUCCCCUGGAGCUCCACCGGACUAUUUAUUGUCCAAUAGAAGCACAGAGAUGAGAUAUUAUCCAAUUGAAUCAGAAAACAAUUACGUCAAGCCUGUACCCAUGCCGUUAUCACCUUGUAUUACAAGAACAAUUAACCCGAUUGGACCCAAGCCCACAACAGUCAUCACUCUCUCACCCGCACAUUUUAAAGAUAGAAGGACUCCUUCCUUAAGCAUGAUACAAGACGGUGAAGAAGCAAGGACAAUAGAGGCGCAAGCACGUAACACAAUUCGCCUGUGCGGGACUAAAACUUCAGUGGGUAUGGGUGGAAAUGUAUCGGCAACAGUGUCUCCGAAUUUUGGCCUGGACUCGUCCAGGCAGCGCGAUAAGGACUGGGUCAAAACGAUAGGCAGAUGCGUAAAUGGUUAUCACAUGCAGACCAACUCGAAACCAGAUAUUCCUAAGAUGGUUGCUACCUCCCCAAAGCCAGGAACGCCUUUGUUGAGUCCGCGUACAAUCUCAAGGUUUAGAAGUCCAUCAUUAAGGCGCAGAUCUUUAUCGUUGUCUUCGUCGUCGACACCGUCGUGCGAGUCUAUAGACAAAGGGUGGGAGACACGUAGAAUUCGCUCGAUCGGCAGCGAUGAAGAUACAACCUUAAACGAAAUGAUGGGAAAAUACGACGAAAGCUAUGUGUAUGAAAAAGAGACCGAUAUUUUAAGUGAUAGCGAUCCAACUGAUUGCGAUACCGAUAUCGAUACAGGUCAAGACGGUGGCGAUGAAGAGGACACACACGGGGAGGGGGAGUUGGACUUUAUAGACAACGGUUCGUACAUUGUUGAAUUUGAGCCCAGACCCGAUAGAAACACCGGGCAUUGUUCGUAUUACAGUAACGACUUGCCUGGACGAAAAGCAUCUUCAAGAAGACGUAACACGAGAAGAAAUAAGUCUGCCAGCGAUAAACGUCGAAGAUCUAGCUCGAAUAAAAAGAGGCACAAACAUCAUGAUAGAGGAGGACACAUGCAAUUGCAAGUUGAUGGUGGCUCAAAGAGCGCCGGAGCAACACCCGUUUCCGUCCGCAGAUCUGGCAAUAAGCCAGUGUCAAAGCUGGUGCUCGAAGAUGGCCUAAAAAAACGCUCGAAUUCUGUCUGCUUUAGCAGAGAUCCUCUUUCGACGAUCGACAAACGAGACAAGGAGGCGGAUUUAAAAUACAGAGAACUGAUCGGUGAAGCCGAACAAAUUCUAAAAACGAUGAAGUCGAAUGGCCUUUCGCCGAGACGGCUUCCCGCGGGGCCAGCUAAUAAAAGAGUCGAGCUUUUGCGAAGCAGUGAGUGCACUGAAAUGCCUCGAGCAGCUGCAGCUGCAGCUGCUGACGAGGCUUCUCCAAUUGUGUCAAACGCUAACGCCAACUACUCUUCUACUAAGAGUCCGUCCAAUAAUUUUAGUUGUCCCAGGUUUAGCCCGAAGAAAAAUCAUAUCACUAAUUUUAUAAUAAGUAAUUCACCAAUUAUGAUAAGGAGGGAGUGGGAGAAUCAACAUUCUCCGUUGCCUUUGGUUGUUAAAAAAAAGGUCGAACCAGUGUUGUUUGAUCAUAGUAUUUCUCAAAAAUCUGAAAAUCGUCGAAGCCCGAAAUAUCGAAAGAAAAAUCAAAAAAAAUAUAGAAACUCGAGCAGUUCCGAGGAAGACAAUGGACGAAUAAGUAGAAAUAGUUUUUCCCGGAUGGAUAACUGGACAUUGGGCUGUCCUCAAAGCGAACCUUUGAGAAGAAAGGUUUAUUCUGGAUACCCACUAUACAAUUGUGGACACGAACCGGCUAUCCAUGGAAAAACUGUCACAUUCAACUUAAACCCAAAUGAAUACAAUCAAAACUCCAAGAUGUUUCUUCAUCCAAACACCAAUGACUACAGAGCACAAAGUUCAGAGAAUUUAAGACAGCAAGUUCUACUCAAUACCAUCGCCAGCCUUAAAAGAAAUUUAGAAAAUCAAUCUGCUUCACUAAAACAAGUUUAUAAGAGCUCACAAAACGUACGUUUCUAAAAAUGAACCACUCAUUUUUAAUGGUACAAAUACCAAUCAAUCUCUACACUACUAACUAAAACUGAAUAUACAUAAAUGUACAGGGAUAUUUUUCUAUUUUGGUAUCAGUAAAUAGUGAUAAAGUUGUCGUCGGUUGAUGAUGUAGGUAUAAGUACGUAUACGUACUUUAUGUAUAUGCAGGAUUUUAUUUACCAUCUACAAAAAAAUUUACCAUACGUAUUUCUUAUACGUAUUUAGCUACCCUAUCCAUAUUUCUAAAACUAUUUGAAAAUCGCUCUCUAGAAUUUUAGACGUAUACCUAUUUGUUGUAGAAUUGUUACACUUACA